AUGCCAGCCACCACCACCACCCCGUCGCGCAAAUUCGAGCUUCCCGUCCUCGCGCCCCUCGACUCCCUCACAGCAGGCACCGACAUCCCUCCUCCUCCCGACUCCCCCAUCGCCGAGGCGCCCCCGCCACCCGCUAAAGCGCCCUCCGCCAUCUCCACCACCUCAAAACCAGAUGACGAGCAAUCGCGCGGCCGCGAGCCAGGUUCGCCCACAAACGGCCUCCUUUCGCCCAUGAGCAUGACCUCUCCGCGCCGCCCGGGCAGCAUCCGUCGUUUCCUGUCACGACGCAGCCUCAAUGGCUCCGCGCCCGAUGAGGGUGCGCCGCCCGCGCGUCCGUUGAGCAGUCUUAGCAUGGCACCGACAAGCGGACAGAAGCGCAGCGGGAGCUGGUGGCGCCGUUUUGUGGGAGACAGCGAGGAGCGCGAGAGGAAACGCACCAGCGUUGUGUACGAGGAACGCAGAGAGAAGGACGAGCCUGCUGCACCGAGCUUGCCGGAGAUCAGCGCGCUGGGUGUUAAGAGUGGCGAGCAGGAGGGGCUAGAUGGGGAUAUGUUCAAGAAUAUCAAAUGA